ACUUGGAGGAGAGAAGGCGCAGCCCGGACCCCACCUUUUCUUGGGUUUGUAGGAAGGUGGACAUGGGCUCAUGGAGACGAGAGGCGAGUGAUCUGUUGACCUGUCUGGUGGCUGGAAUCGACUGCUCCCAGAGUGACCAAAGGGCAAUGUUGAGCAGGGCUUAGCCAGCCAAGCAGGCACGGAUGCUUUGCUGUGAAAUGCCACGCAGGCAGAGACUGACAAGCGGUAGGAGCUGAGCUCUCCCUUUGGACUGCUGCUUCCUGCUGUGUUCAGGGGAGGGGGCCACUUGCUGCCAACUUUGCUGCUGCUGCUGCUCUUGCUACUACGUCAGCUCCCUCUCCACUCAAGGUAAGCAGGCUCAGAGGGAGGGCAGGCUGCAAGGGAAGCCUUUGUACCAUGAACAAGAUCCGAAAGUUUUUCCGAGGAAGUGGGAGAGUCCUGGCAUUUGUAUUUGUAGCUUCUGUCAUCUGGCUGCUCUUUGACAUGGCAGCUCUCCGCCUCUCAUUCAGCGAGAUCAACACUCGGGUCCUGAAGGAAGACAUCAUCCGGAGGGAGAGGAUAGGGCUCAGAGUUCAGCCCUACCAGGUGAAGAGCCUUGACGGCAGCGUGAAAGAGAUGAAGCCCCCCUCGAAGGGACACGGCAAGGGCGUACGGGGCAAAGAGAACUUUAGAAAGACUGAAAAGAGUAAGCUCAAGGUUGAGGGUGAUCUGGACCAAACCCAGAAGGAAAGAAAAGUGCAGAAUGCCCCCGGAAGGGGCAAGGUUGCACCUUUGUGGCGUCCUGCAUAUCUGCAGACCCCCCCAGUGACUUUUACCAAGCGGAAGACAAAAGGGCGAGAUGUCAGACCUGAAGUUUCCUCGCACGUGACGCCAAAGCAAAAGACAGCCCAGGGGGCUGAGAAAACCCCAUUCACAGCAGCAAGGGGAACUCCAUUGGCCAAAAUAUCUGUACACACAGGACCUGUUGGUAUAAACCAGGAGGGCCUGAAGAGUCUUAGUCUCAGCAGUGAAACAUCAAAACAAGCAGCUGAGAGGAACCCAAAUGUGACCAUCCGUCUUAAUGUUGACAGAUCAAAGCAGCAAUUCCAGGCAGUAGCAAAUGAAAGGACCUACCCUGCCAGCCCACCAGGGCCAAAACCCAGGGAAGCCAUAGCCUUAAAUAAAACUGAGACUCAGAGCAAAGAACUAAAUGCAAAUAAACACAAAGCCAGUAAGAACCUUCCCUUUUCCAAGUCCAUUGCCAAUUCAAGUCGCUUAAAGAAGCAAUCUAUUAAUGAGACACAGUUGGGAGGCUUGCCAAAGGAUGAUGGAGCCAAAGUGGCUGAUGGGAAGAAACUCAAUUUGUCUGAAAGCCAUGUUGUGAUUAUAACCAAGGAGGAGGAGCUAAAGACAGACACCAAAGAGGUCCCCAAUUCCAAAACCAAAACUAUAUUUCCUACAGUACUGCGCAAAAGCCAAGAGCAACACAUUGCCAGGAAGAGCAGGGAGGCAUCUUUCUCUUCUCUUGCUCUCCAGGGAGCAGCAGUGUCUCAAACCAACCAAGCCUUAGCUGGUGGGCUGGGGCCAGCAAGAAUCAACUUAACUGCCAAAACCCAGCCUGCACAACUCAACCAAAGUCACAGAAAAGCUCAUUCACCUGAAGAUGGUGGAAUGCACCGUGUGUUAAGAAUUGAUGUGACACUUUCUCCAAGGGACCCCAAAGCUCCAGGUCAAUUUGGACGUCCGGUAGUUGUUCCCCAUGGAAAGGAGAAGGAGGUAGAAAGAAGAUGGAAAGAAGGAAAUUUCAAUGUCUACCUCAGUGAUUUGAUCCCAGUGGACAGAGCCAUUGAAGACACAAGACCUUCUGGGUGUGCAGAGCAGCUUGUACACAAUAACCUCCCAACCACCAGUGUCAUCAUGUGCUUUGUGGAUGAGGUGUGGUCCACUCUCCUGAGGUCUGUUCAUAGUGUCCUCAACCGCUCUCCUCCGCACCUCAUCAAGGAGAUUCUACUGGUGGAUGACUUCAGCACCAAAGACUACCUGAAAGAUAACUUGGAAUACAUGUCUCAGUUUCCAAAAGUUCGGAUUCUUCACCAAGAGAGACAUGGCUUAAUAAGAGCCAGGCUGGCAGGGGCACAGAACGCAACAGGUGACGUGUUGACAUUCUUAGAUUCUCACGUGGAAUGUAACGUUGGCUGGUUGGAACCUCUUCUGGAAAGAGUUUAUUUAAGUAGAAAGAAAGUAGCCUGUCCAGUAAUUGAAGUCAUCAAUGAUAAGGAUAUGAGUUACAUGACAGUGGACAACUUUCAAAGAGGCAUCUUUGUGUGGCCAAUGAACUUUGGUUGGAGAACAAUUCCUCCAGACGUUGUUGCAAGAAACAAAAUUAAAGAAACUGAUAUAAUAAGAUGCCCCGUCAUGGCAGGUGGAUUAUUUUCUAUUGAUAAAAAUUACUUUUUUGAACUUGGAACAUACGAUCCUGGGCUCGAUGUUUGGGGUGGAGAAAAUAUGGAGCUCUCUUUCAAGGUGUGGAUGUGUGGUGGCGAAAUUGAGAUCAUCCCCUGUUCCCGAGUGGGCCACAUAUUCCGAAAUGACAAUCCGUAUUCCUUCCCCAAAGACCGGAUGAAGACAGUGGAGCGGAACUUGGUGAGGGUGGCUGAGGUCUGGCUCGAUGAGUACAGGGAGCUCUUCUACGGCCACGGGGACCACCUCAUAGACCAAGGGUUAGACGUCGGAAACCUCACCCAACAGCGGGAACUUCGAAAGAAACUAAAAUGCAAAAGCUUCAAGUGGUACUUGGAGAACGUUUUUCCAGACUUGAAGGCUCCCAUAGUGAGGGCAAGUGGUGUGCUUAUUAAUGAGGCCUUGGGUAAAUGCAUUUCCAUCAAGAACACCACAGCCAUUCUGGAAGACUGUGAUGGGAGCAGCAAGCUUCAACAAUUUAAUUACACCUGGUUAAGACUUAUUAAACAAGGAGAAUGGUGCUUAGCUCCCUUCCCUGAUAACGGAGCCCUGAGGCUGCACCCUUGUGAUAACAGAAACAAAGGGCUAAAAUGGCUGCAUAAAUCAACAUCCGUCUUUCAUCCAGAGCUGGUGAAUCACAUUGUUUUUGGAAACUAUCACCAGUUGUUAUGCUUAGAAGGAAAUUUUUCUCAGAAGACCCUGAAAGUUGCUGCUUGUGACCCAGUGAAGCCAUAUCAAAAGUGGAAAUUUGAAAAAUAUUAUGAAGACUGAGGAGGAACUGAUGUCUUUAUCUAGUAAAUCUAUUAGACACUGUGACUAUGACAAUGAACUUGGUGACUAUUUCUCCAUGCUAGUUCAAAAUUUUCAAAAUUAAUAACAUUUGAAUGGAAGAUUUUUUAAAAAUCACAAUAUUUGAGAUACCAAAAGUUAACUC